CGCUCUCCUUGGAAUUGAUGCUUUCGCGAACGACACCCCACAAUAUGCGGUAUCUAACGCUUAACAUCGAGGCCUGCUUGGCGCCAGCACGGUACUCAGCCGCAAAACUCGAAUUGCGAUACCCUGCGCCGGGCCAUCAAUACGGAACGAUCGCGUGCCCUGGGCGUAUAGAAGAUGAAGUCAUCUUUGCUGCUGUUCGUCGCAGGCCUCAGUUCAGUAGCUCUGGCUAAUACCGGAAAAUUGAGCGGUGAUAGCCAAGCCGAUGCCACAAGUAACAUACCGAACGCCGACGAAGUCAAGAUCGCUAUGGACAAUGCGCGGAUCGCGCAAGAUCCCUUGAUGAUGGGUGCGAUGCCACCAAGCGAUAAUGGCGCCUCGCCUCGCCACCGACGAGAGAAACUACAGCUGCUGAAGAGGAUGGACAAGAAGAGCGGUAAAUGGGGAACGAGCCACCCGCGUUACAGGCUCCUGGAAGCGCUGUGGGCAUAUACAAGGUACCGCGAACGCCACAUGGCUGAACUGGACCGAUGGCGGAGUCUUUACAAGAGCGUCAGUAAGAAGCAGAAGAAGACGUUAGAGAACACCGUCGGCUACACGAAGAAGCUCGAUGAACUCGAGGAGCUGAUCUAUGUGAACGCGGCCGUCUCCGAUAGCAUGGCCCUACAUGCCAUGAAGUUCUACGGCAUCAGCCAGGAAGAGCUGGAUGAGCACAUGAAGCUGGCGGAGAAUGACAAGCGCCAAGCAGACAAGUUCGCGACAGCCCAAACGCUGAAGCACUACGUACGCGACUGGGCCGAUGAAGGUCUCAAAGAAAGAGACGAAGCGUUUCCAUGCAUACUGAGCACCUUGAGCGCCAUCAAAGCAGAGUCAGUCGAGAGCGCACCGCUCAAGGUAUUGCUUCCGGGCUCCGGAGUCGGUCGGCUAGGUCAUGAUGUCGCCAAUCUCGGAGGCUUCGAGGUGACGAUCAACGAGUGGUCGAUGUACAUGAACGUCGGCUAUCGUUACAUGGAAGCGCAAAAGGAUGCGCACGCGGUCACGAUACACCCUUUCAUCGACGGGAUGUCGCACCAGGCUACAAAGGCCGACAUGAUCCGGAGUGUGACGGUGCCCAACAUCACCCCCAACUCUGGCGUCCUGCUCAUCGAGGGCGACUUCAACACCGCAUUUAAUGACCAACCAGGUCACUACGACAUCAUCGUUACCCAUUUCUUCAUCGACACAGCGCGCAAUCUCAUGGCCUACUUCGACACCAUUCAGAGGCUGUUGAAACCUGGUGGUCGAUGGAUCAACUUUGGCCCACUUCUGUACGGUACCGGGCCUUUCGUGCAGCUAAGCCUAGAGGAAAUUAUCGAUGUGAUUGUGGAGAUGGGCUUUAAGUUCGAAGAUCUGGGCGAUGAGUGCGGCGAGCUGACGUUCGAGGGCAAGAAGGUCCGCAGUAAGGAGGCGGAAUACGGGUUUAACCGGAGAGCGUUGACGCGGUACGCAUACCUGGCGCAGGUCUGGAUAGUGAGGAAGGUAUAAGCUGUCGCGUCGCUCGCGUUCUCGCGCACACAUUGCAAGAGAUUGCAACUGCGUACUCCAGCUUUAACAACGGCCUGCCUCCUACCUAAGAAGACGUCCGUAGGCCAACUAGCCCCUACCCGAUAGGAUGUUUUUAGGUCUGCUAGCUCUAAGUAAAUUUUAGCAGACAGCAAGAUU